AUGGUUUGGGUGCAGCUUCCCCGCCUCCCUUCAGAAUUUUUUAAUCAGAUAGCAGUGAUGAGAAUCGUCGGACUUAUUGGUAAUCCGGCCAGGGUGGAUCGAGCAACUCUUGAGGGAGCCAGAAUGAAAUAUGCUCACGUUUGUGUUGAAGUGGAUCUAACGAAGCCGCUUUUAUCGAAGUACAAAGUUGAAUGGAAAGAGAAUUUCAUCACAUGCGAUGCGAGAGCCUUUACAAUGUGUGUUUUGAAUGCAGGAAAUAUGGGUAUACGACUGAGCAAUGCAGAUGCACCAAACCCCCUGAGUCGGAGCCAAUUGUUGACGAAGCAGACCAAACAAAUGAUAUGCAUGUGGAACCAGUGCCGAAAUCCCCCUUAUAUGGGGAAUGGAUUGUCGCAAAGAAAAAGAUUGAAGAUUUGGAGCGAUAAGGGGACAAUCGAACCACCCAGUAACACAGAUGCGGGAAACAACAAAUAG